GUUUGAUUCGAUCCGAGAAGCAGAAUCCCUCUCGAUAACUCGACCCAUCUUUCGACGUCGUCGUCGUAUUUGUUCUUGUCGUUGCAGUGGUAGUUGUUGUUCGUUCGUAUAUACUUUCACAGUCAGUAAGGAAUGAAGUUUCAUACAUCAGCCGCACUGUGGAUCGCGUUCGCGACGGCGUCCUCCGUAGACGCCUUUCGCGUCACAUCCCGACCCUCGGUCACGCUCCGUCCUUGGCGUACCGCACUACGCGCUGAAGGCACCAAAAUCACCAUGCCCGCCUUGUCUUCCACCAUGAAAGAAGGCCGCGUCGUGUCUUGGCUCAAGAACGAAGGCGACGAAAUCGAAGCCGGCGAAGCCAUCAUGGUCGUCGAGUCCGACAAGGCCGAUAUGGACGUCGAAGCCUUUGAAGACGGAGUCCUCGCCAAAAUACUCGUACCGGAAGGAGCCAUGGCUCCGGUCGGAGAAGCCGUCGCUCUCAUGGCUGAAAACGCGGCCGAUGUGGCCUCCGUCAUCGCCAGCUUGGGCGCUGGAUCCUCCGCCUCCGAGCCGGUCCUCGAUGCACCCGCACCAACAUCCGGUACGUACGUUUCGCCCGUCGCGUCUACUCCCGCUACGACGGCACCAGCUUCUCCCGCCACGGCCCCGGCCGCACCCCAGGCGGCGGCUCCCCGUCCCGCCGGAGAACGCGUCACGGCGUCGCCCCUGGCUCGCAAGAAGGCCCAGGAACUCGGCGUUGAUCUCAACACCGUCACGGGAACCGGACCCAGUGGUCGCGUUACCGCCUCGGACAUUGAAGCCGCCGCCUCGGGUACCGCGCCUCCCCGGCCCUCCGCUGUCGCCCAUGCCGCGGCCAACGGCGCGCCCGCCGUUGAAUUGCCCGAAGGCGUCGUCCCCAUGACGGGCAUGCAACGGGCAGUCAGCAACAACAUGGUGGCGACCUUGCCGACCCCCGAAUUCCGUGUCACUCGGGAAAUCCAAAUGGACGCCUUUGACGCGCUCUACCAAAAACUUAAACCCAACGGCAUCACGGUCUCCGCCAUGUUGGCCAAAGCCGUCGCCUUGGCGAUUGAAAAACAUCCCAUUAUCAAUUCCAGCUUUUCCGAAGAAGGUGGUGGUAGUAUUGUUUACAAGAAAGACAUCAAUAUUGCCAUGGCUGUCGCCAUUGACGGUGGUCUAAUUACACCGGUUUUGCAGUAUGCCAACGAACGCAGCGUCGUCGAGCUCGGAGAGAAUUGGAAAGAAUUGGUCGGCAAGGCCAAGAGUGGAACCUUGGCACCGGCCGAAUACAAUUCUGGAACGUUUGCCAUCUCCAACAUGGGCAUGUUUGGGGUCACGCACUUUGGCGCCAUUCUACCCAAGGGCAUUGGUGGUAUCCUCGCCAUUGGAGCCACCCAAGAAAUGAUCGUUCCCGAUCAGUCGGCCAUUCUGGGAAUGAAGAAGGUCAAGAAAAUGUCGGUGACCCUCACUUGUGAUCACCGCCAAAUUUACGGAGCCGACGCUGCGCUCUUUCUCAAAACACUGGCGGAUAUGAUGGAAAAUCAACUCGGCAAAAUUACGGCGUGAGAACGGCGACCGCACUCGGCUCCCAACCAAAAUUGCUAGUAUCUAAUAGAAAACAAAAACCCAUCUUUGUCC